CUCAGCUCAAGUGUUUUUUUGUACACAGAGAUAAUAUCAGUAACCACAAAGAUUGAGAACUUUCUCUUUCUUUGUGUACCUAUAUCCCCAUUUCCCUUUCCUGGCUUGCUUAUCUUGUGCAUGUGUUUUUGCAAAAUGCAAAAUGAGUGUACAUGCAUUCGUGUGUGAGUGUGUGUUUGCGUGUGGUGUGUGUUUGUGUGGUUUCCUGAGAGGUGGGAGAGGUCGAUGUGCUUUUGAAAUAGAAAUGCAUUUGCUCAACUGCUAAAUUGAGCUGGGUAAAGGGGUGUGAAAGGGGCUUCAGCUUAAAUCCCUGUCUGUGGUGUUGCCCCAUGGUCCGGCUUCCCCAUUAGAGCAUGUGCUCUGUUUCGACAGCUUUGCUAUCUCGUGCCGCCAUACACAUCCACCGAAAUAUUGUGAAGUGAGCCAAAUUUGGAGCAGCCGAUAAGGCAGAGGAAUGCCACAGUCCAAUAGCGAGAGCGGCAGGACGAGGUGCGUGAGGGAUGUAGAAGGACGUCGUGUUCUGAAAGAGGAACAGGAAGAUGAGGUUGAUGAUCUAAAUAUCCAUGCUUCAGUCCAGUCUGAAGAAAGCCCUUCUGCUCAGGGUGCUGAUAAAGCAGCGCAUACACACAUUCUUCAGUUAGCAUUUCAGAGUCCUCAGCUGACCCAGAAUAGAGCAUCUGUGCUCCGUUCUACCUCUCUACGACCUCUGGGACACGAUUUUUCUCGUUUAUCACCAAACAAGCGUGACUCACCAGUCAAAGGUAGAGGAAAGGCCACAGGAUACAGCUCUAGCUACGCUUUAGCUUUCUUAAAUCAGCGCAACACACCCAGCGUUCAGCUGAACAGCCUUGUCCAAUCGGAAGUGGUGAACUGCCUUUUUGUCAAUGGACGGUGCCGUUGGCCUGGCUGUGACGAGGCUUUUGAGGAGUACCCUGUUUUCCUAAAACACCUGAACCAUGUACACAGCUGUGGAGAAAAAACUAUUGCACAGUGGAGGGUACAGCAGGACAGGGUGCAACACAUGGAGAAUCAGCUCAUUCAGGAGAGACAGAGACUCCAUGCCAUGCAGCUCCAUCUAAGGCUGUCUGAACACAACUCGGCACACCCAAGAGCAGGCCUAGGCUGGUGGAGUCCACUGGCAGCGAUCAUGCCCCCACCCGAGGAGCCAGAUGGAGGGGCAGAGUGGGCCAGUGAUGCAGCAGGACGCCAGGAAUACUGGCCCACGCCUGCCCCUCACCUGCUGUCAGAUUUCAUUACCAGUAUGGAAUGCUACAAAUAUGUCAAUAUCAGGCCUCCGUAUACCUACGCCUUUCUUAUCAGAUGGUCAAUAUUGGAGGCACCAGACAAGCGAAGAGCACUGAAUGAAAUCUACAACUGGUUCAUUCGAAUGUUCUUCUACUUCCGUCACAACACUCCCACUUGGAAGAAUGCAGUGCGCCACAACCUCAGCCUCCACAAGUGUUUCGUGCGGGUGGAUGGAGGUAAAGGGGCUGUAUGGACUGUGGAUGAAAGAGAGUUUCAAAAGAGAAAGGGCCAAAAGUUCAACAGGGACUCUGGUUUGAAAUGGCUGACACCUUACCCCCAUUCGCCCCAAGUGCCUUAGGUUUCACCCAGCUGAGACUCUCUUGCUGUCAAUAUCGGUGAAAAAUGUUUUAUUUUUAUUUUUUCAUUUGAGUUCUUUCAGUGGAAAAUGCAGUGUUAUAAUAAUGCUGAGUUAAAAUAAACCUGAAGUAAACUAAAGUAUCCUUUUUUCAAACUUAUAUAUUUUCAGUGUUUUGUUAACAUUUAAAAAUAAACCAUGUGAUCUUU